AGAUAUAUGCAAUGCUCAAAGAUUGUUCCAUGGAUCCAAACGAGACCGCCCAGAAGCUCCUGUUGCAGGGUACUCUUCGCUUUCUUGAUAUCAUCGUAGGAUCUAUUUUCUUGGUUCGAUUUGUGCGAUUUUUUCCGGGUGCUUGUUGUUUUUAGGGAUUUGUUUCUAAUUGUGUGUUUUAUGUGACUGGGUUGGGAAUUUUUUGUUUUUAUUCCUUCUCUUAACUCCUAGCGUGCUCAUGCUAUUGGUUAGAGUUGUUGUUGAAGUUUUUAUAAACAUUUAAAUGUUCUUCAUGUUUCUCUAAAGCUGAAUUGGUUCCAACUUUUUGUGAUCCCUGGUUAGAAUGAUUUUUAAUUGUAAGUAGGAGUUUAUCGUCUGGUAUCCAAUGGUUUUAAUAGAGUUUCUACUUUGUAGUAGAUAGUUUAACGAUGGUCAUACCGAUUGGAGCUAGUUGUUUAUCAUGGUUCUCUUCUCUGAAUUCAGCUUAGAGCAUAAAAUAUACAGUUACUCAGUAGGGCAGAACAUGUUUUUGUGAUGGCAACUACUCUUUUGUUUAAAGUAGUGGGGGGUAGGCCCAAGAAAGGAAUCCAAUGAAAGGUGAACUACAUUGGGUUUCAGACUGAUAUACAUCCAUCCUUGUCUAUAUGGGUUAUGGACUAACUUCUUUGGUAUAUUUCACUAACCAUGAUCUCUCCUCACUACCUCUCAGAUGCUGAUCUUGACCAACCUAUAUCUCUCUUAACUACAACUUUUGUUGCAAUACCACUUUACAGGUGUAAUCUAAGGUAAAUAUUGGAUAUGACCAAACCAUCUAAUCAGUGUUGCUUUAGCAAUCAAGCCUUGCCAUCCCAACCUUCUCCCAUGCAUCUUAUUUUUUAGUUCUGUGUGUCUUCUUGUAACCCGUGCAUGCGUUACAAAGCUUGCACUUUUACUAUACCCUUGUUCUUUGGCUGCCCGACAAUGUGCCCCGACUGUGUCUCACCGUCAUUUAUAAAACUGGCCUUUCAUCUUUAGGCCAUGGUUGACAAUCAUAAGCUAGCUUAUUGUUUGAGCUUAUUGAUAAAGUCCCAUUUGGUUAGCCAUAUGCUAACUUUUUGAAUAACUACUUUAAGUAGUGUUGUAGGGGACUUUACCACUUUUUUCCAGUUACACCCCUUAUGUUUUUCCAAUUAUUUUCAACAUGUUCUUUUAGGUCAUUUUACAUUGUUAUCUAACUUAUCAAUAUUCUUGUAGAUAGGACCAUGGUAGUAUUCUUCCAUUCAUUUAGCAUCCUGUUGUAUCAAUAAUAAGUAAUAACAUCAAAUAACCUAGUGAAGAAUACUAUGACUUCAUCCUUAGGGUUCUCAAAUCAUCUAUGGGAAUACCAUGAUGCAUUAAAGCUAUACGUACUUUCUUUCUUAGUGCCUAUUUCACGUGAGCACUUGCAAUCUUCAUUCAAACAUUUGAUAAGUAUCACGUAAAGAGUCAUCAAGUUACCCUAUGCCCUUUACUAUUUUCAUCAAAUUUGGCUUUCACCAUUGAUGCAUUUGAUAUAACUUAGGUUCCUAGUUUAUUUUCCUUACAUAGCCAACUUUAUACAACACUUCAAUCUACUUUUUUUUCUGUUCCUUUUACAACUUAUAAUGUGCUUUGCCUCCAGCUUCUUCUACAUUAAUAGAGUAUUGAGAACAUAUACAAAUAUGUAAUUAGUCAGAAGAGAAGCCUGGCUGUCAUUUUGUAGGUGCUUAUCUAUAUGCCUACCUGAACCUGGUUCUAUAUUUCUCAAAGUAUAAUCUAAGAUACAUGCUCUCUAUUUCUGAUUUUUUUUUCACUUACCCAUCUAGUUUUAUCACUUUACUUGAUCAAUACACAUGUAAUAUUCAAUCUCUUUUUAACUUUGAGGUAUCAAUAGCUCUAUCAACUUGUUACCCUACAAUCUACAUUCUAAUUAUCCAUCCAUAUCCUACGCUCUUGGAUUAGUUUCCUAUCCCCUUUCACCAUCCAUUAGGAUGCAAAAAUGCUUACUUGUUUCUCACCAUGUGCCGAUUCUUAUUUAUUGGAAUCAGGGGCGGAUUUUCUGUGACUUUUGAUUCUUCAUAGAUAGAUCUUGUGUCAACAAAUGAUGUGACAAUUGCUCCCUUCUAUAUUGAAGUGGCACGCCUACAUUCAGAAGACUUAAGGUUUGGAUGCGAUGUGUGAUGGCAUGCUCCUUGUUCAUGGAAUAAAUACCAUGACAUGGCUCAUUUGCACUAGGAUCUAGUUUCAUAUGCCACUUGCUGCCAUGAGGCUUACAACUGCAUAAACUUCUUGCUCUUUCAUUUUUAUUGCGAUUGUUAUGUACAUGCCUGACUCACAGGCCUGCUAUGCAGUUUGCCAGGGUUUUAGAAUGGUGCUUUUUCGUCUUGUUGUUGAUUCCUCAUGUUUAAUUCGGGCAGCAUUUACUUUAUUACAUUUCUUUCAAUUCUUAGGUCUUCAGUUACGUUUCAUUGUACAACUCAAAGACAUUAUGCCUGGGUCUUCUUGAGAACCUUGGAGUCAUUUCUAUUAUGUAUUGAAAAUAGAAUAACAAGUCUAACUCAUUGUUACACAGAUCCAUUUCAUGAAGUUAAGAGGAAGCGUGAUCGCAAGAAGGAGAAUCUGAAUAAAGAAUCUACAGAGCCUAAAUGGAGACCUGGGAUGCAGGGACGGGGGAAUAGGGGUGGCCGGGGGAACUACUCAUCCCGACACAGUUCUAAUGAUGCAGGUGGUGGAAGGACGUCUCUAUCUGCAAAGGAGAAUGGAAUCAAUCACGGUGCAGAGGAUCGUACAAAUCCAUCAAUGCCUCAGGGUCAGAAGAAUAAAGAGACAUUUGCUGUUUCAAGCUCUUCCCGUGCUGUCGCUGAUGGUUCAUCCGACAUAAUUUCUGAGAAUACCAGCGUUGUAUCUGCUGUGCAUUCAUCUGUGGGAAGUGAUAAGAAGCCAUCUGAAGUGACACAACUCCCUCCUAUCGAGGCAAGUAAGAGCACCACCGUUGCCUUGGGGUCUGGGAGUGCACAUGGGCCGCUCAUAUCGAGUUCCAACUAUGCGUCAGCUUCUAAGACACCAUCACCUUCACCAGGGGUCUAUUUGUCUGAUUCAGAUCCUAUUUUGAUGCCCUCACAAGAUUCACGAUUCCCUGUGGGUACAAUCAGACGUGAAGUUGGUAGUCAGCGAACUCCAGUUGAACAGAUUCAUGAGACCCCCCUUGAGAUCAAAUCAAUUGCUUCUGGCUCUGAGGGUGGGAACUCCUCCAUGCAAGGGAAGGCACCCAAUGAGCUUCAGGAAGUGGGCAAGAAUUUGCUUUUGGAGUCUCCACGACCCGGAACAUCUUCUCAUGUCUCCUUUUCCAUUGCCAGGCCUUCCUCAAACUAUAAUAAUAGGCUGCAACAAGCAAUUGGGCAGCAAAAAGUUGGCCCUGGUAUGGAAUGGAAACCAAAACCAACAAAUCCGAUUCUUGCUCAAGGGACUGUGUCCAGUGAGUCAAUUAAGGUGCCUGCAGUUUCGGUUAAAGGUCAUACUCCAACCCCAUCUGCAUCCAGUAACCUUGAUUCAAAAGAUGCUACUAGUGAACUGGAGAGGAAGCUAGAGGAAUCACACAUUUCAGAUGAUCAACAUGUUAUCAUUCCAAAUCACCUUCAUGUUCCUGAAGCUGAGAAACUUGGAUUCUGCUUUGGGAGUUUUGAUGCCAGUUUUGGUUUAAAUGCAAGCUCCACUUCAAAUGGUCCUGUGACCGAUAAGAGUUCCGAGGCUUCUGAGGAGGUUGAUGAAAGUAUAGAGCAGCAGUCCAGAACUCAAAAUGCUUUGGCAACUGCUGAUGAAAGAGAUCGUCCUGACCGUCCUACAUCUUUUGGUAAUGUACCUGAGAAUUUACCAGCUGAAGGUGAUGUCUCAUCAAAUGCAGCCCCCGAGUACAGAGAAUCCAAGCAAGAGACUUCGCUCCCUACUUCAGGUCAUCAAUACCCAGUUGUUCAUACAUCUCCUAACUUCAGUUUUGGCUUCAUGCCGCCAAUGAUUGGGAGCCAGCUGACAUCUUUUGAAAACAAUGAGUCUCAGUCUCGUGAUGGUUCUCAUGUUCCAAGCUUCGUAGUUCAGCAACCAUUUGAUCCAGCAAGCUAUUAUGCUCAAUUCUAUCGUCCUGGUGCUGAUAAUGAUGGUCGUUUGUCGCCCUUCCACUCUACUGGGGUUCCAACCAAGUAUAAUGGAAAUGUUGCGGUGUUAUCUCCACAGGCUUCUCAAUCUUCUCAAGAGGUGGGGAAUUCGCUAAUGUUGUCUGCUGCUGGUCCAACACCAAUAGCCACACAAACUGCUGGUGUUAUGCAAAACUCCAUAGCCGUCACUCAGCAACCAUUGCCUGUUUUCAGGCAGCCAACUGGGGUUCAUUUGCCCCAUUAUCCUCCAAAUUAUAUUCCAUAUGGUCCAUAUUUCUCCCCCUUUUAUGUUCCUCCUCCAGCUAUACAUCAGUUUUUGAGCAAUGGUGCAUUCCCUCAACAACAUCAAGCCGGCAGUAUGUAUCCAGCUCCACCAGUGGCAACUCCUAAAUACCCACUUCCGCAAUACAAGCCAGGAAGUAAUGCGGGUAACUCCACACAUAUUGGAAUGGCUGGAAACUAUGGACCAUAUGGUUCACCCCCUGCAAGUUAUAAUCCUGGUUCGGCUACUACAGCUGGCAAUUCGACCUCCAAUGAGGACCUUGGUGGGUCCCAGUUCAAAGAAAACAAUGUCUACAUCACUGGACAGCAGAGUGAAGGGUCAGGUGUAUGGAUUGCUGCACCUGGUCGAGACAUGGCUAGUUCUUUCUAUAAUCUUCCUCAAGGUGGUCAAGUCGCAUACACCCCAACACAAGCGGGCCAUGGUGCGUUUGCUAGUAUUUAUCACCCUGCACAACCAGUAACCACCGGAGCUGUUCACCCACUUCUCCAACAGUCCCAAACACUGGCGGCGGCAGGUGGUGGUGGUGGUGUUGACAUGGCGGGUGGUGGUGGUGUGUAUCAGCAACCGCAACCUGCUCAAAUCAACUGGCCUAAUAACUAUUGAAGGAAUGCUGAACAAAAUGAAGGAUGAAAAACACAUCCAAUUCCAACAAAAGGUAUGGAUUUGGAAAAGAAAUGAUACACCAGUGGCUGGAUUUGAGUGUAAAUCAUCUAUAGGAGGCUGGAAUUUUUGAUAGAUUGAUUAUGUUGGAGGGUAUAAAAAAAAUAUAUAUGAAACCCUCUAAUUGUAAGGGAUAAAUGACCAUUUUUAAGAAAAAGAUAGAUUAUUGUGCUAUCUUUUUGCUUUGAAAUGGAGGUUUCAUAGGACUCAUGGAUGAUGAUGAGGAUGAUGAUGAUGAUGGUACAAUUAGGGUUAGAGGCUGUGGUGCUUCUUGUUUUUUUUUCUUCCUUUUUUGCCCCUUUCAGUGUUGCCUGUAAAGUGAAUUUUGAUAGCAAGAACUGAAAGGAUGUAUUUGAAGUGUUGUAAUUGGUAUUAUUAUUAUUGGGUAUAAUUAAAAACAACAUU